AUGUCUAAUCGCAACACGAUGAAUUCUGGCAUCUCAGAUCUCACAACACAACAACAACAGGAGCUGCAACGAAUUCCCUCCAAUUUUGCGCCACAAGGAGUGGAGGGCGGUGCAAAGAGCAUGACCUCGCACGACCACAGAACAUACAUGCAACGGACAGACAACGGGCAACUUACAGCGUCCCAUACGCCAUAUCCUGUGGAGAACGGAUCAUCCGUGGACGGCGCUCGAGACUCAGCUCAAUACGGGCCCGCAAGUCCCGAAAUACCGACAGGUAUGUUUCAACACCAAAAGAGCCAUGCUGCGUCCCUGGCCAGUGGCUCGACGUCCGAGACGGGCAGGCCGCGAGUUUCACAGCAGUGGGUUCAUUCUGCAACCAAGCAGUUGGACCCCAGAUCACCUGUUGUAAUAUUACUCCCAACCUCUGCAAACCCCACCGAGGUGCUCGCGCAACGCUUCGCGGCCUGGAGGUCCGUGAUACGUUCUAUCCUUGUCUACUUAACUGAGACUGUGUCCAUACAGGAUGAAAUCGUGAGGCAGCAGCUCCGACUCUCACAUGCAGUGAACUUCCCUUUUUUUUCAACUGAGAACCAGCAUCAACCGUCAACUGUUGAAGAAAAGGCCAUUCAAAAAUACUUUUUGCCUCUUGGAAAUGGCUCUAUACAGGAUUUGCCUAGCAUUCUUUCCCAGUACCAUUCGCAAAUGGCUAACGGGGCACUUAAAAUGUCGAAGGAAUUAGCAAAUGAUGUUAUUCCAAGGCUUGAAGACCUAAGGGGGGAUCUUUUGAUUAAAAUCAAGGAAAUCAAGAGUCUUCAAUCGGAUUUCAAAAACGCGUGCGCAAAGGAAUUACAGCAAACAAGACACGGCCUCAAGCAUUUUAAUGAAGCUGUAGAAGCAGCUCGUUAUGGCGCUCCCAAACAUGAUCCUCACCUUGUCAAGAUGUCCCUCGAAAAGCAAAUUAGGAGACAGCUGAAUGAAGAGAACUUGUUGCAUGAAGCCUUUGAUAACCUUCAGGGGUCUGGAAGGGAGUUGGAGAAGGUCGUUGUGAUGGAAAUUCAGAAUGCAUUGUCAAUCUACGCCCGACUCCUCGGCCAGAACGCCCAGGUUGUAUUUGACGCCCUGAUUUCCAAGCUUGACGUUGGAUUCCUCAACAAGGAACCCGUUUUCGAAUGGGAUAAUUUUAUCUCUAAAGACCCUAAUUUCAUCGAGCCUAACCUGCCUUCUAGACACGCGAGGGACAUUGUUUACAAAUAUCAAGAUGAUCCAUUGACAUUCGAAGUCAAGUCAGGCUUUUUGGAGAGGAGGUCUAAGUUCCUUAAAUCAUACUCAAAGGGCUUUUACCUACUAACACCAAGUUUUUUGCAUGAAUUCAAGACACCUGAUAGAAAAAGAGAUCUUAUUCCCGUGAUGUCUUUAUCUCUUAACGACUGCACGGUUGCUGAGCACUCUAAAAAGGGUUCUUCAGAGCAUAAAUUCAUCCUGCAUGCCAAGCAGAACGGAAUCAUUCAUAGAGGCCAUAACUGGGUUUUUCGAGCGGAGUCUUACGAAUCAAUGAUGAUGUGGUUCGAAGACCUGAAGAAGCUCACUUCAACCUCCAAUCCUAUGGAGAAGGCCAAAUUUGUUACUACAAGACUCAGCCUCGAUGCGAACAGAAAGCAUCACCAAAGGAACCCUUCGAUAAAAGCUUCUGGUGGGAAAACAUCGCAACGCAUGUCAACCCCUGUGCAAGGAGGCCGCCCAACCAGUUACGGAACUCCUAACCUGGACAAUCAAACCAACACAAACACUUCUAUAUCAAUUCCAGACACUGAAAUCAACGGUCAUCCCAUGAACAUAAACCAGCCACGAGUAUCUCAGGAUAGUGGGGAGGGUGCAUACAACGGUAAUAUUUAUAUUGAAACGAUCAGGGAUAAUGAUCACUAUCGUGAGAACAAACUAAAUUCGCCAAGGUCUCAAUAG